AUGACACCGAUACGUUGGCCAGGCGAUAACGUAUAUACCCACUGUCGCUAAUAUCAUUGAAACUAAUACAGUGAUACUCUGCCCAUCGUCUAUGUAAUAUAUUGUAUUGUCUGCACUGGCAGUUUACUGGCUCGCCACCGUGGUUAAUACCAAUGGUCGCAAUGUUCCUUUCGAGUCCACCGUUAUUGUUCGCUUCCAUAAGCCCUUUCGUCGUUUCUUCCACUAUGAUCAAUCCACAGGCCAUUGUGGGUGUUGAAGAUAACCACAAAGUGGUCUGUCCACGGCCCUAACUCAUUUAAAGGACGCGGGUCUGUAUGGUAGCCAUCAACUUCGUCUCACUGAACGCUCUCCCUUGUCCUCACGCCACUGUUUACUAUGUCGUCUGACCGUAUUGUGCGUCUCGGCCCCAAGCUCACUCUCAGGUUCAAGACUUCCUCUCCAAAACCAGCAAAUUCAGAUUCGUCUUACCAGAGCUCUGUCUCGGCGUGCCCCCCAGUAGAGGCCCCACGAAGCCAGAAAAAGAGAUCUCGAGAUGCUCGAUAUGAAACCGACACUCCUGUCAUCCCUUCCUCUGCCAUACCGCCCACGCGCGCCAUAGUACCAUUGAGGCGAAAGAUUACUACUGCGACGGAUGGAAAAUCGGUUGUUGGUCAUUCACAAAACAAUGAAGCAGUGGGUUGUGGUUAUAGGGACGAUAGCUACGCGUCGGAGCACCUCUCCCAAGAUUGGGAGAUGUCAACUCCAGCCAACCCUCCUGGCGCGCACGUUCCUACUCAAUUUCUUCAACUGCAAGAUGACUGGGAGAUGGAAUAUUGGUUUGGGUUGUACUAUAGAAGGAUUAGGAAGGGAAGUCUCAAGGGCAGACUGUUGAGGGAAUCGUAG